CACCACCGCCAACAUGAAUCCACAAAUUACCAACCUGAUCAUCAUCCUGGUGAUGAUGCAGGCGAGCAAGAAGAUCCCCUUCGAGGACCCGAACGUACUCAUGGGCGUGCGAGGACUGUACAUCCUCAGCAAUGUGAUUAUCGCGGGCGUCUAUUUCUACACGAAGAUGCAGAUCGAUAAGAAGAAAGACUUGACCGUCCUCAAGUACGUCGAGCCCGCACCAAUGGGCAGCACCGAAGAACCAAAAGCCGUCACAACCACCGUGCAUGCCUACGACUUGUCCCAGCUGCGCGGGCUGUUCAAGGCGCAGCUCAUGGGCGUCGGCAUGAUGGCAGUCAUGCACUUGUACUUCAAGUACACAAACCCUCUUCUCAUCCAAAGCAUUAUCCCGCUCAAGGGUGCGUUUGAAGGCAACCUUGUCAAGGUACAUGUUCUGGGCAAGCCUGCGACUGGUGACUUGAAGAGGCCUUGGAAGCAGAAUGCGGGUAUGAUGGGCAUGAUGGGUGGACAGGGCAGUGGGGAGGUUAAGACGGACAAGAAAAGUAUUGAGCAGGCGGAGAGGGCUGGGAGAGGAGGUGUUAAGGAGGAGUAAGUGGGUACAUAUGUAUGCAUGUCGUCCAGCAGCAUGAAUACACACUGUACGAUGCUCUGCCGACGCCGCAUGGUAGACUCUACCGUUUUAACCGACAUACCAUAUCUGUUCUGACCCAAGUGAUCCGCGAUAUCGCGUAUACACACUGUACGAUGCUCUGCCGACGCCGCAUGGUAGACUCU